CGAGAGUCCUCGUGCGCAUGCCCUCUUGCUCGAGGCGACCGGGAGAACUGAAACUUGGUCCUUGAUGACUGGUGGAACCCGCCGCGCAGGCGCAGUUGAGCUGAAGCCCGGGAAGCAAGGCAAGGGGGCCUCAGCUGCGCAUGCGUGCUGGGGGGACCUUGCUGGCUGCUACGGUGGUGGGGGUCGACGGAGGGCUGAGAAGAAGCGGCAAGGGGUCUCCCGGAGCCACAGAAUGGCGGACAAGAAGCGCUUAGCCUUUUCUAUCAUCCAGUUUCUUCAGGAUCAGCUGCAAAAUGGAGGCCUCUCCCCAGAUGCCCAGGAGAGCCUGGAAGUUGCCAUCCAGUGCCUCGAGACAGCUUUUGGGGUGUCCUUGGAAGACAAAGGCCUGGGCAUGUCGCAUACUCUUCCAGAGAUUUUCGAGGCUGCAGUUGCAAAGGAGCCACUGCAGAGCACCCAGAGUACCCCCACCGCUGAGCCGGUCCUCCCCUCAGAAGAGGAUGCUGCUGAGGCAGAGAGGCUGAAAGCUGAAGGAAAUGAGCAGAUGAAAGUGGAAAACUUUGAAAGUGCAGUUUUGUACUAUGGAAAAGCCAUCGAACUGAACCCGUCCAACGCGGUCUACUAUUGCAACAGGGCUGCAGCUUACAGCAAACUCGGAAACUAUGCCGGAGCAGUGAGAGACUGCGAAAGAGCCAUCCACAUCGACCCCAAAUACAGCAAAGCUUACGGCAGGAUGGGCUUAGCUCUGUCCAGCCUAAAUAAAUUCUCAGACGCCGUCAUCUACUACAGAAAAGCCCUGGAGCUUGAUCCAGACAAUGAGACCUACAAGUCAAACCUGAAAGUCACUGAGCAGAAAAUGAAGGAGGCACCAAGCCCGACAGGAGGCGCUGGAGGGUUUGACUUAGCCGGCCUGCUCAACAACCCCAGCUUCAUGAGCAUGGCUUCUAACCUGAUGAACAACCCACAAGUACAACAGCUGAUGUCAGGAAUGAUCUCAGGCAGCCACAGUCCGGUGGCGGCGCCAGGAGCCGGCUCGUCCCCCAGCGACCUCGCCAGCCUUAUCCAAGCAGGACAACAGUUUGCUCAGCAAAUGCAACAGCAGAAUCCGGAGCUUAUAGAACAGUUGCGCAGCCAAAUCAGAAGUCGAACCCCCAGUAACAGCCACGAAGAGCAGCAGGAAUGAGAGAAGGGGCAGAGCUGCUCUUCGUUGGGGAGAAGUCCUUUGCUACAGGGAAAGGAAGAGAUGACGAAGGAGCCGGGUGGCCCAUCUUUGUCUUACUUUCUCUCCAGCCGGAAAACUCCAAGAGGGACAGUGGGUGGGGGGAGCCAAACCUGACCCGACCUGCAUGUUUUAGACAAUUUCUUGUAGUCUGCUCUUGCUCCUCCCUCCCAACUGUGCCGCAGAAGAGCCAGCAAGUGUCUCCAGAAAAGACAGCAAGUUCUUGUCCACAGAUCGGUUUCAUUCUCCUGCUGUUCUUCCCCUGACUCCUCAGAAUCAGGCAAACUUGCAGUGAUCUUGGAAGACUCCCUCUCCUUAGAGAAGCUCCGCUGCUUGGACAAAUACGCCAUCCAGUCACGAGAGGGCUGGGAGUGCUGGCAAUCUUCUUUUUUUCUUCAUUUUCUUGUUCUUACCAAAUCCAGCUCCUUCCUAGUUUGGAAGGAUUUCUGUUUUGGUUUUCCCUUUACUGACUCCUUCUGGCAUCCUGCAGACCAGGAAAUGGGGUCAGCAGCACCUGGGCGGUUUGGUCUGCUUUGGGGUGCAGCUUGCUGGCCUGUAACACGAAACAGUAAAUGGGAGAAUAUAGCCAGAGGAGAAUUUUAGUGAUCCCAUAUGUGCUGGGGAAGAGGGCAGCUGAGAGCAGGAGGACAAAGCCCAUUUUCUAAAAUGUUUGCAAGGCGGUGCUCUCUUGUUUUUAAAUGGAACUCGCUAAAGAUGAGGGGAAGCAUGCAGGAAAUACUUGCACUGGCUGGGCGAGGUUUGGAGGUUCUGAGGUGCUUCAAGUUCUAGCUGGGUGUGGGUGGGAGACGAUUCUUCACACAGGUAACCCCAGCAGGGCCAGCUGCCCCCCCCCCCCAGUGGAAGCAACAGGCGUCUAUUGUGAGAUGCCUGCCUCUGCACCCAGGGCCUGCUCUUCCCCCGUGGGAAUGGGCUGAAGUGCUGCUUUGCUGGCCCAGGAAUGUUGGGCAGAGGCCAGGAAAGCAGCCCUUGGAAGUCGUCUUGUGGCUGUGGGGGCUGCAAGGGGCAGCCCUCAAAGAGCCGGGUCUCUGCCAGGGGCCCCCUGCUUGGUACCCCCCACCCUGCCCUGCCCCGCCCCCAGCCCCAGUCACACAAACCCUUCCUCUCCUCCAGUGAGUCGGCUCAAGCGGAACGCCUUGGUCAGGCUUGGCAGGGAGGCUGCCGAAGCUGGAAGAGACUCUCCAGACUCUCUUCCCACCCUCCCUUGCUGCCUCUUCUUUCCAGGGACAGACAGCUGAGCUUGCGCCAAUCCACACCUUCCUGCAGUGGGGGUGCUUUGCAUCUCCAGUCCAGAGCUGAGCCGUAGGUGCCAGGAAGACCUGCAUCUCCAUCACAGAUUGCCUGGGGUGCGGGGUUCUGUGGCAGUGCAGGUGCAGCCUCCCUCCUUGCCACCAGAACACCAGUGUGUGUGCACUCACACGUUCAACAGUGGUAGACCCCACUCCCACCCCAAUCAGGGAAAAGCCAUACGAGAUGCAUUCAAGGGCCUUCAUAAAAUAACGGGCGGGAAGGCGAUUCAGGAGUGGGGGAACAAUGCAGACCUUUUGAAGGCGCUCUGCUGCUCUGGUGGAGCUAAGAGUGUGUGGGGGGCUGCUGCUCUUACGUGCCAGGACAGCAGAGGAGGCUUACAACAGGAGGUGUGCGUUCUGUUUCCAGAAAUCGGCACAGUUUGCUCUUCGUUUCCUAAAUGUAGAGAAUAAACUUCUUUUGACACUGCC